GUUCAACUCGCGUUUUAUUGCAGACAGAAACGCGAGAAAGGCAACAGAGAGAGAGAGAAAGAUAGAGAUAGAGAGAGAGAGGAAUCUCAGGGCUUUUCCUUCUUCAAUUUUCAUAAAAAACGCUGCAUUACUCCUAAUCCCGGGACUCUGCUUCUUCCCUUGCUUCCUUUACAGAAAGCUUCGUCGCUGAUCCAAUUCAAUUUCUUCGUCGUUGAAUCAUAGAUCGCCUUAUUCUGAUAACCGUUGGAACAACGACGUUUUUUUUUUCCGAUUUGAAUUCGUUCGGGGGAUUUCGAUAUUAAGUUUCCGAACCAGAUUUGUGUUGUGGAACUUGAGAUUAUUUAUUAGGGAAUUUUUUACGAGAUUAUUCUGUGUCAGGGAGACAUUGUGAAUGAUGUUAACCUUAACUGCUGGGCUUUGAAGUACUAUGGAACUGGUUGUUACACGACAAGAAGAUGACGCUUUAUAUAGGACGCGAGGCUUCAAAGUUAUGGAAGAGAAUAUGCGCAGAGAUCACCACAGAGAUCAACCUCCUCACCGAGAACUGGAAGUACCUUCUUGCUGGUCUCAUUUUUCAGUACAUACACGGGUUAGCAGCACGAGGAGUUCAUUAUCUGCAUCGACCAGGCCCAACACUACAGGAUCUUGGGUUUUUUCUUCUUCCGGAACUUGGGCAAGAUAAAGGUUACAUAAGCGAGACUCUAUUUACCUGUGUAUUUUUGUCAUUUGUCUUGUGGACUUUCCAUCCUUUCAUCUUGAAAAGCAAAAAGAUCUACACAGUAUUGGUGUGGUGCAGGAUUCUAGCAUUUUUAGUUGCAUCCCAGAUACUCCGUAUUGUUACAUUCUAUUCUACUCAGCUUCCUGGUCCAAACUACCAUUGCCGUGAGGGGUCAGAACUUGCAAGGUUGCCACGUCCAGAGAGUGUACUUGAAGUCCUCCUAAUUAAUUUUCCUCGGGGUGUGAUAUAUGGUUGUGGUGAUUUGAUUUUUUCAUCGCACAUGAUCUUCACUCUAGUGUUUGUUCUCACAUAUCAGAAAUAUGGCACAGUAAGGUUCAUAAAGCAAUUUGCUUGGUUGAUUGCUGCAAUUCAGAGCCUUUUAAUUGUGGCUUCCCGUAAACAUUAUACAGUUGAUGUAGUUGUUGCUUGGUACACCGUAAAUUUAGUGGUCUUCUUUUUAGACAAGAAAUUGCCAGAACUACCUGAUCGGGGAAAUGGAACCCCUCCUCUGUCGCUACCUUUGAGCAGCAAAGACAAGGAUAGCAAAACAAAAGAAGAAAAUCACAAGCUCUUGAAUGGGAACUCUGUCGACCCUUCAGAAUGGAGGCCAAGAACUCAAGUCAACGGCAAGAUUUAUGAGGAUGGGAAUGUCAUGCACAAUGAUUCUGCAAUGAACGGUGCAUAGAUUGUAGAAGCUGCUGCUGGAAUAGGGACGCAACUGCUAGAACAAUGCUUAAAUGUUGAAGGCCUUUGGGAUUAAAGGGUUUAAUUGGAGUGAUUGGCUUCUUUGCCGAUAACAUAUUUGGCUUGGCUUGUGUUGUAGAGAGUUAAAUUGCAGUUCUGCCCCACUGUUUCUCAUGUUAAAAACCCAUCAAUCAUCUAUCAUCAGCACCAGCGUGUAUAAUGGACUUUCCCGAGUUCCUGUUGCUUUUUGUUUCUUCUUUAAUUUAAUGCUGAUAGUGUCCCUUUUACCA